AUGUCUUUGUUCCCUAUUUUGGGCACAAGUGGGAAAUCUUCUUCUCAAAAUCAAUUGCAUCGCCAACAUCGAACAACAAAAGAGGCGCAGCGUAACGAGACCCUUCACAACUACAGCAACAUUGGAUUCGAUAACACAAUGUUUUCACUCGUAUAUCUACUACUCGCUAUCACCACAAGCGUUUUGGCAGCCGUCGAUCCUACUAUCACUCCUGCUCCUGGCAGUGACACGCUCGCUGCCAUCCACUCGACACCGCCUUUAUCUCCAGAUGACCUCAAUUACGUGUAUGAAGAGCCAUAUACAGUCACAACUGCGAACAGCACAGGUGCGGUGCUCCAGAAGCGCACUCCACCUGUCGGCAUCUACGUAUGUGAACUUCCAGAUUGGAAAGGCACCUGCAAAUGGGUUCAGGUCAAGAACAAUGCACCAUGUAUGGACUUUCCAUGGCAAGCAGGUGUCUCGAUUGGGUUGAUGGGCUUCAACUAUGUCAACUAG